AUGACCUGGGGAUUGAAACGGGUCAGGGACCAGCUUGGGUGAAAAACCUGAUUUUUUUUGGAAUGUUUAAGAAGUGUAAUUUCCCCAGAUGUGGCUAGAGGAAGGUGAGGCUGGAAUGUUUGUGGGAGCUGUGUGUGGUGACUGUGGUGUGUCCUCAGCUCUGGACAUCCUGGUGCCCAAGGCCGGAUUCUUCUGCCAGAUCUGCUCCCUCUUCUACGCCGACGAGCCCUCCAUGAUCAACCACUGCAGGACCCCCCUGCACCGGCAGAACAUGGAGAAAUUCAUGGCCAAGCAGCAGGAGAGCGGCGGGGAGGAGCCGAGCUCCAGGUGAUGGAGCUUCCCAGGAACCACCACACGUCAGGGCCAGUCCGUUCUGUGUGUUUGGAUUUCCUCGGUCAUUCGGGGUCGGGAAGGAGAAUCCAUGAUGUGAAAAAUCAGAGCUGGGAACAGACCCAACCCAAAGCAGGAGAGGGUUGGAAUUGUGCCUCCGAUCAUCCGACGUGCGAGAGGAGAGACUGUUCCAGGUGUCUCCAGGAAAUAAAUGUUCUUACUGUAUAGGCAC